ACUUGUGAAAAUCCAUCCAUCCUUGCAAAAUAAAAGUGAAUUUUGCAUCUGUAUUUGCUGUAUUUUGGUGUUUUGCUGUUAUUUUGUGUGAAAAUCCAGCAAUUAUGGAGAUUUUGUGCCCUUUUCCUUGACCUGAAGAAAAUUUUCCAUCAAUCGGGGUCGGCCAUUUUCCGUGUGCAAUAAGUACAUGGAAAAGGCAUGAAAAUGCAUCAAGUACACCCCCGUCUAGAUCCUCCAAGUACCAGAACGUACUCUAGCGAAGUCCAAAAUGUUCGUGUCAACUGCUUCACGUCUCGCCCCCAUCGCCCGGAAUGCUGUUCUCAAUGGCACGAAGAUGUACCUGAGACCAUUGAGCAGCGCUGUCAUCAGCCAGAGUCAGUCAUUGGCUGCCCAAAACACAAAGCCAGUGGCCCUCUUACCUCAAGUCAGGUCAUUCCAGACCUCACCUGCAACCCGUGAUAUUGAUUCUGCCGCCAAGUUCAUCGGCGCUGGUGCUGCCACAGUCGGAGUCGCUGGAUCCGGUGCCGGUAUCGGAACAGUAUUCGGUUCUCUCAUCAUUGGCUACGCCAGGAACCCAUCACUCAAACAGCAACUCUUCUCAUACGCUAUCCUUGGAUUCGCCUUGUCCGAGGCUAUGGGACUUUUCUGUCUUAUGAUGGCUUUCCUGUUGCUCUUCGCUUUCUAAGUGAUGCAAUUUGUUGUGUUCCACAGUACACACGAAAACAACACCGAGAGAAUUAAAAGAAAGUGUGAGAAUUAAAACAUCUUAAAAAUUGGAGAGAGGAGGAGACGUUAAAAGUAAAAAAAAAGCCAUCAAAAAAACAUCCAGUUUUGUCUCAAAAAAAGCAAACAUUCAAUGAACAUCCUGAAUUUUAUGAGGGCAAGGGCUUGGGAAAGAUCCGAAAUAUGGAAAAGAAAAAGUUUUGUUAGUCCCUAAUGCUGUGUAUAACAUGUAAUUUUACAAAAUAUAUGUUAUAUAUGGCACUUAAUAUAAAUAUAUAUAUUUUUUCUAAUUUAAAAAGCAAAAUAAUCGCAAAAAAAACUAAAAUUGGCAAGUCCAAGAUUUGUUACAAAACUAUUAUAUUGUUGACACGAAUGAUUUUUUUUCUCCCCGCCGCAUCUUUCCCUCGGGCCACGUGAGUGUAGGAAUUUCUCAAUAAAGAAAAGAUUGUAGAAUGAAAAAAAAAUCUGAAUUUAAAAGAAAAAGGUUCAAUAUAAAUUAUAAAAAUAAUAAAUACACACACAUAUUAUAAAUACCGUAGAUAAUGCUAUUAAUUAUAACGAUGAAAGUCAUAAAAAAAACUAAUUUGAUUGAAUUUUUGUGUGAGAGAUUAUAAUUUUUAGCAUAAUUUAUGUUUUAUCUCUUUUUUUCGGGGAGAAUUUUGCCUCAAAUUGCAAUUUGUUGCCACAUUGAGAGACAAUUAGAGCGGAUUUAAACAACUUUUAGUGACUUCAACUAAUUGCAAUUUGAUCAAAGAAACAAUAAUUCUUAUUAGAACCUUGGAGGAUAUUGAACAUUUUUUUUUCUUUAUUUGACUUAAAAAAACAAACAUGAAUAAUUUUGAGCGACAAUUAUUGAGGAGGCGAAUGUGUGGUGGUGUGUUUAUGUUAAUUUUGGGAGGAAUUGCAUAAACAUGCUGCUGCUGUACAGCAAUUUAGAACGAAAUAAAAAGUGAAAUUCCAAAAA